AUGCGGACGGGGACCAGCUGCCUCGCUUCCCCACGGUAGCUCUCUGUCUGAGGUCGGAGCGAUCUGUCGGACUUUUCUUUUGUCACUUUCGGCCUCGGUGUCCGGGGAGAGCGAGAGAGUUGGGGGGGGGGUGGGAGGCGGAAAUUAACGGGGCGUCGUUGUUCCCGCAGCCUCUGUGAUUGAUCCUCGCCUUCUCGUUUGUUUUUUUUUUUUACCCGUGUGUGAAUCGGUUGUUGUUCCUCCUCCUCCUCCUCUGCCGCAGCGAGAAGGUGAAGACUGCAUGAGACGGAAGGUGAGAAAUAAAGAUCUUCCUCUUCCCAGCUGAUGCUCCUACAGCAGCCCCGGCUGUAGUUAUAUUUUUCUCGGAUUCCCAGUUGAACCGGUAGCGAGUAGGACUUGGGCUGAAGCUGAUUGGGCAGGGGAGUGCCGAGCAGCAUGGCCGAUGUGGACCCCGACACAUUGCUGGAGUGGCUCCAGAUGGGGCAGGGGGACGAAAGGGACAUGCAGCUGAUCGCUCUGGAGCAGCUGUGCAUGCUCCUCUUGAUGUCGGACAACGUGGAUCGCUGUUUCGAAACGUGCCCCCCAAGAACGUUCCUACCAGCACUAUGCAAGAUCUUUCUGGAUGAAAGUGCUCCAGACAACGUAUUGGAAGUGACAGCUCGUGCCAUAACAUACUACCUGGAUGUGUCUGCUGAAUGUACUCGGAGGAUUGUGGGAGUGGAUGGUGCUAUAAAAGCACUUUGUAACCGUUUGGUUGUUGUUGAACUCAAUAACAGGACCAGCAGGGAUCUAGCUGAGCAGUGUGUAAAGGUGCUAGAACUGAUUUGCACAAGGGAAUCAGGUGCUGUGUUUGAAGCUGGUGGACUGAACUGUGUGCUGAGCUUUAUUCGGGACAGCGGUCAUCUGGUCCAUAAGGACACUUUGCACUCUGCAAUGGCUGUAGUAUCCAGGCUGUGUGGUAAAAUGGAGCCUCAGGAUUCCUCAUUGGAAACCUGUGUUGAGUCUCUCUCCAGCCUGCUCAAACAUGAAGAUCACCAGGUGUCUGAUGGAGCUCUGCGCUGUUUCGCCUCUCUAGCUGACCGGUUUACCCGGCGUGGUGUAGACCCAGCUCCGCUAGCCAAGCAUGGCCUGACAGAGGAGCUUCUGUCCCGCAUGGCAGCGGCCGGGGGCACCGUGUCAGGCCCGUCUUCCACCUGCAAGCCAGGCCGCACCUCCACUGGCGCCACAGCCACGGCGGCAGACUCCAAAGUCAGCAACCAGGUGUCCACCAUCGUCAGCCUGCUGUCCACGCUGUGCAGGGGUUCCCCUCUAGUGACGCAUGAUCUGUUGAGGUCAGAGCUGCCCUACUCUAUAGAGAGCGCCCUGCAGGGUGAUGAGAGGUGUGUUCUGGACACCAUGCGGCUGGUGGAUCUCUUACUGGUGCUGCUGUUUGAAGGACGGAAAGCCCUGCCAAAGUCCAGUGCUGGAUCCACCGGCAGAAUCCCUGGCUUGAGGAGGCUCGACAGCUCUGGAGAGCGCUCUCAUCGACAACUGAUAGACUGUAUUCGCAGUAAAGACACUGAUGCUUUAAUAGAUGCCAUUGAUACCGGAGCCUUUGAAGUAAAUUUCAUGGAUGAUGUAGGACAAACCCUUUUGAAUUGGGCCUCUGCGUUUGGUACUCAAGAAAUGGUGGAGUUCUUGUGUGAAAGAGGUGCUGAUGUCAAUCGCGGUCAGAGGUCGUCUUCGUUGCAUUAUGCAGCAUGCUUUGGAAGACCCCAGGUAGCAAAGACUUUGCUGCGCCAUGGAGCCAAUCCAGAUCUUAGAGAUGAAGAUGGUAAAACUCCCUUAGAUAAAGCGCGAGAGAGAGGGCAUAGUGAGGUAGUUGCCAUUCUCCAGUCUCCAGGUGAUUGGAUGUGCCCAGUCAAUAAAGGUGAUGACAAAAAGAAGAAAGAUGUGAACAAAGAGGAGGAAGAGGGCAAUGAACCAAAAGGUGACCCUGAAAUGGCUCCCAUAUAUCUGAAGAGACUGCUUCCAGUAUUUGCACAGACCUUCCAAGAAACUAUGCUCCCUUCAAUAAGGAAAGCAAGCCUUGCCCUUAUCAGGAAAAUGAUCCACUACUGCUCAGAAGCCCUUCUGAAAGAAGUGUGUGAUUCUGAUGCCGGACAUAAUCUGCCUACAGUAUUAGUCGAGAUCACAGCAACUGUUCUUGACCAGGAGGAUGACGAUGAUGGACACUUACUGGCUUUACAGAUCAUAAGAGAUCUGGUUGAUAAAGGUGGAGAUGUUUUCUUAGACCAGUUGGCCCGCCUUGGCGUUAUUAACAAGGUGUCGACCCUGGCCGGACCGACAUCAGACGAUGAGAAUGAAGAAGAGUCAAAGCCGGAGAAGGAGGAUGAGCCCCAGGAAGAUGCCAAAGAAAUCCAGCAGGGGAAGCCAUACCAUUGGAGGGACUGGUCUAUCAUUCGAGGGCGAGACUGUUUGUAUAUCUGGAGUGACGCGGCUGCCCUGGAGCUGUCGAACGGCAGCAACGGCUGGUUUAGGUUUAUUCUCGAUGGUAAGCUAGCCACCAUGUACUCGAGCGGGAGCCCUGAAGGUGGAUCUGAUAGUUCAGAGAGCAGAAGCGAGUUUCUUGAGAAGCUGCAGAGAGCACGGAGUCAAGUGAAACCUGCAACCGCGAGCCAGCCUAUUCUUUCAGCUCUGGGGCCGACCAAACUCACUGUGGGCAACUGGUCUCUUACCUGCCUGAAGGAAGGGGAAAUCGCAAUCCACAACUCUGAUGGCCAGCAGGCUACCAUACUCAAAGAGGACCUGCCAGGCUUUGUCUUCGAGUCCAACAGAGGGACCAAGCAUUCUUUCACUGCAGAAACAUCCCUGGGUAAGUUUGUAGGUUCGGAAUUCGUUACCGGUUGGACUGGAAAAAGAGGAAGGAAACUUAAAUCCAAAUUAGAGAAAACUAAACAGAAGGUGAAAACCAUGGCGAGGGAUUUAUAUGAUGAUCAUUUUAAAGCUGUCGAGAGUAUGCCAAGAGGAGUUGUUGUCACAUUGAGGAACAUUGCUACCCAGCUGGAAUCUGCAUGGGAACUCCAUACAAAUAGACAGUGUAUUGAGGGAGAGAACAUGUGGCGAGAUCUAAUGAAGACUGCUUUGGAAAACUUAAUUGUGGUUUUGAAGGAUGAAAACACCAUCUCUCCCUAUGAAAUGUGUAGCAGUGGCCUUGUGCAAGCACUUUUUACAGUACUAAACAAUAGUGUGGAUCUCGAGGUGAAACAUGAUUGUAGGCCAUUAAUGGAAAGAAUCAAUGUUUUCAAAACUGCAUUUAGUGAAAAUGAAGAUGAUGAAAGUCGACCCGCAGUUGCCUUAAUUAGAAAGCUUAUUGCAGUUUUGGAAUCAAUUGAAAGGCUUCCUCUUCACUUGUAUGAUACACCAGGAUCUACAUAUAAUCUACAGAUUCUAACUAGAAGACUGAGAUUUCGCCUGGAGCGUGCCCCUGGUGAGACAGCUUUGAUUGACAGGACAGGAAGAAUGCUUAAAAUGGAGCCUCUGGCUACCGUGGAGUCCUUAGAACAGUACCUCCUCAAAAUGGUGGCAAAGCAGUGGUAUGACUUUGACAGGUCCUCCUUCGUGUUUGUCAGAAAGCUGCGCGAGGGACAGAUGUUUACAUUCAGGCACCAGCAUGACUUUGAUGAGAAUGGAAUCGUGUACUGGAUUGGGACCAAUGCAAAAACUGCAUAUGAAUGGGUCAAUCCUGCUGCUUAUGGACUUGUGGUGGUGACUUCAUCAGAAGGGAGAAAUCUACCUUAUGGGCGUUUGGAGGACAUUUUAAGCAGAGACAGCUCAGCCCUUAACUGCCACACCAAUGAUGAUAAGAACGCUUGGUUUGCACUAGACCUUGGGCUGUGGGUGAUUCCCUCUGCAUACACUUUACGACACGCUCGUGGCUAUGGGCGCUCCGCUCUGAGGAACUGGGUGUUUCAGGUGUCUAAGGAUGGACAGAACUGGACGACCUUGUACACCCAUGUGGAUGACUGUAGUCUCAAUGAGCCAGGGUCUACAGCUACAUGGCCCUUGGACCCUUCUAAGGAUGAGAAGCAGGGCUGGAGACACAUAAGAAUAAAGCAAAUGGGAAAGAAUGCUAGUGGUCAGACUCACUACCUCUCUUUGUCGGGGCUGGAGCUUUACGGAACUGUCAGCGGAGUGUGUGAAGACCAGUUAGGCAAGGCUGUGAAGGAAGCCGAAGCCAAUCUGAGGAGACAGAGGCGUCUGUUUCGCUCCCAGGUCAUGAAGUACAUUGUUCCGGGAGCUCGUGUAGUCCGGGGUAUUGACUGGAAGUGGAGGGACCAGGAUGGGAACCCACCAGGAGAGGGCACGGUGACGGGGGAGGCGCACAACGGCUGGAUUGAUGUCACCUGGGAUGCUGGUGGCUCAAACUCUUACCGUAUGGGUGCAGAAGGAAAAUUUGACCUCAAGCUUGCGCCAGGGUACGACCCUGAGUCAGCGCCGUCACCCAAACCUGUUUCAUCCACUGUUUCAGGCCCAGCGCAGUCCUGGAGCAGCCUGGUGAAAAAUAACUGUCCGGACAAGUCGGCCACGGCUGGGGCCAGCUCCUCUAGCAGGAAAGGAAGCAGCAGCUCUGUGUGUAGUGUGGCCAGCAGCAGUGAUAUCAGUCUGAGCUCAGCCAAGCUGGAACGGCGGUCUGAAAGUGUACUGGAGCAUGGUACGGCCCCUAGCGCAGAAAGCCACGAGCCGAUUGUGGUCCUGUCCGCGGCGGACAGCAGCCCCCAUGCUGAAGGGGGGUCUGCGUCCAGCGCAAGCACCAGCACUUUGACGGCAGACACGGGGGGUGAAAACGCAGACCGUAAACUGGGCGCCGAUGCCGCGGUUCGACCCACUGGAGAAUCGGGAGCCAUCUCUAUGGGGAUUGUCAGCAUCAGCUCCCCAGAUGUCAGUUCCGUUUCCGAGUCCUCCAGCAAGGAAGCUACGUCUCAGCGCCCGCUUUGCUCUGCGGCCAACACCAGACUGUCAGUCAGCUCACUGCUUGCUGCCGGGGCGCCAAUGAGCUCUAGUGCAAGUGUACCAAACCUUUCUUCUCGGGAAGCCAGCCUGAUGGAAUCAUUUGUCAGAAGAGCACCCAAUAUGUCCCGCACCAAUGCCACUAAUAACAUGAACCUGAGCCGCAGUAGCAGCGACAACAACACUAAUACUCUGGGAAGGAAUGUCAUGAGCACUGCCACUUCUCCUCUCAUGGGUGCGCAGAGUUUUCCUAACCUCACUACCACUGGUACCACCUCAACUGUUACAAUGUCAACUUCCAUAGUAACCAGCAGCAAUAAUGUAGCCACGGCAACCACAGGUUUGUCCGUCGGCCAGUCGCUCAGUAACACUCUGACGACCAGCCUGACCUCGACUUCUAGUGAGAGCGACACAGGUCAGGAAGCUGAGUUUUCUUUAUAUGAUUUCCUGGACAGCUGCCGUGCAAACACUUUACUGGCAGAGUUGGAUGAUGAGGAGGACUUGCCUGAGCCAGAUGAGGAUGACGAUGAGAAUGAAGAUGACAAUCAGGAAGACCAGGAGUAUGAGGAAGUUCUGGUACGGUCCAGGGAGGAAGAGGAAUAUGAAACCAAAGGGGGUCGCCGCAGGACCUGGGAUGAUGACUUUGUGUUGAAGCGUCAGUUUUCUGCAUUGGUUCCGGCUUUUGAUCCAAGACCAGGUCGGACAAACGUGCAGCAAACGACAGAUCUGGAAAUACCACCUCCAGGAACUCCUCGGUCAGAGAUCUUGGAGGAAGUAGAAUGUGCACCGUCCCCACACUUAGCACUUAUCUUGAAGGUAGCCGGUCUUGGAACCACAAGAGAAGUUGAACUACCUCUCUCAAACUACAAGUCUACUAUAUUCUACUAUGUACAGAAGCUCCUGCAGCUUUCCUGUAACGGCAGUGUGAAAUCGGAUAAGCUUAGGCGUAUUUGGGAGCCUACGUACACGAUAAUGUACAGAGAAAUGAAGGAUUCCGACAAAGGAAAAGAAAGUGGAAAGAUGGGUUGCUGGUCUGUAGAGCAUGUGGAACAGUACCUUGGCACUGAUGAAUUACCAAAGAAUGACUUGAUAACCUACCUGCAGAAGAAUGCAGACUCAACUUUCCUUCGCCGCUGGAAAUUAACCGGCACUAAUAAAAGUAUUAGGAAAAACAGAAAUUGUUCUCAGCUCAUAGCUGCAUACAAGGAUUUCUCUGAGCAUGGUUCCAAGUCGUCUGCACUGAGCCAAGGGUCUCUGUCAUCCCUGCAGACCUGCGAUAUUCUGAGCUCUGCCCGUGAGCAGGCUCAGGCCAAAGCAGGAAGCGGACAGACUGCCUGUGGUGUGGAGGAUGUGCUGCAGUUGCUCCGGAUUCUCUAUAUUAUUGCAGGGGAUCCUUACUCGACCAGGACACUUCAAGAAGAACCUGACGAACAACUUCAGUUUAAUGUCUCGCCUGAAGAGUUCACAAGUAAAAAAGUCACAACCAAAAUUCUGCAACAGAUAGAGGAGCCCUUGGCGUUGGCUAGCGGUGCAUUGCCUGACUGGUGUGAACAGUUAACCAGCAAGUGCCCAUUCUUAAUACCCUUUGAAACAAGACAACUGUAUUUCACUUGCACAGCUUUUGGAGCCUCACGGGCGAUAGUGUGGCUCCAGAACAGGCGCGAGGCUACAAUGGAGCGCUCCAGGCCCUCCACCGCGGUGAGGAGAGACGACCCUGGGGAAUUCAGAGUGGGCCGGCUGAAGCACGAGAGGGUGAAGGUCCCCCGGGGAGACAGCAUGAUGGAGUGGGCAGAAAAUGUCAUGCAAAUUCAUGCUGACAGGAAGUCUGUUUUAGAGGUGGAAUUUCUGGGUGAAGAAGGAACAGGAUUGGGACCUACGUUAGAGUUUUAUGCUCUGGUAGCAGCAGAGUUUCAGAGGAAAUCUCUGGGAGUCUGGCUUUGUGAUGACGAUUUCCCAGACGACGAAUCUCGCCAGGUUGAUCUUGGAGGUGGACUUAAACCCCCCGGAUAUUAUGUCCAGAGAUCCUGUGGACUUUUCCCUGCCCCUUUCCCCCAGGAUAGUGACGAACUGGACAGAAUUAGCAAACUCUUCCUCUUCUUGGGUGUAUUUUUGGCCAAGUGCAUCCAGGAUAACCGAUUGGUGGACUUGCCAAUUUCCAAGCCUUUCUUCAAGUUAAUGUGCAUGGGAGACAUUAAAAGCAAUAUGAGCAAACUGCUGUAUGAGUCCCGGGGUGAUGCGGACUUGCACUUUUCUGAAAUCCAGUCCGAAGCAUCUACAGAGGAAGGUCAUGACACCUAUUCCGUAGGAAGCUUUGAUGAAGACUCCAAAUCGGAGUUUAUUCUUGACCCGCCAAAACCCAAACCACCUGCUUGGUACCAUGGCAUUCUGACCUGGGAGGACUUUGAGCUGGUGAACCCCCACAGGGCUAAAUUCCUGAAGGAAGUAAAAGAACUUGCUGUAAUGCGCCGCCAGAUACUGACUAACAAGAGCCUCACUGAGGAUGAGAAGAACACCAGGCUGCAGGACCUCAUGCUGAAGAACCCGUCCGGCUCGGGGCCAGCUCUGAGCAUUGAAGAUCUGGGAUUGAACUUCCAGUUUUGCCCUUCAUCUAAAGUGCAUGGAUUCACAGCUGUGGAUCUGAAACCCAACGGAGAAGAUGAGAUGGUGACAAUUGACAAUGCAGAAGAAUAUGUAGAACUAAUGUUUGACUUCUGUAUGCAUACCGGAAUUCAGAAACAAAUGGAGUCUUUUAGAGAUGGCUUCAACAGAGUUUUCCCCAUGGAGAAGCUGAGCUCCUUCAGCCAUGAAGAGGUGCAGAUGAUUCUGUGUGGGAACCAGUCCCCUUCAUGGACAGCUGAGGACAUUAUUAACUAUACUGAACCCAAGCUGGGAUACACCCGAGACAGUCCUGGAUUUCUGAGAUUUGUACGGGUCCUCUGCGGCAUGUCCUCAGAUGAAAGAAAAGCAUUCCUACAGUUCACUACAGGAUGCUCAACUCUUCCCCCGGGUGGCUUAGCUAACCUUCAUCCCCGACUCACCAUCGUGCGCAAGGUUGAUGCAACAGAUGCAAGCUAUCCAUCAGUUAACACAUGUGUGCACUACCUGAAGCUUCCUGAGUAUUCCUCAGAGGAGAUCAUGAGAGAGCGCUUGCUGGCUGCUACCAUGGAGAAAGGCUUUCAUCUUAAUUGAGCAGUCUGCAUCCCCAGUUGAUAAAACAGAACUUGAUACUGAAGAAGCCUGUCGUGUUUGUUACAAAAAAAAUCCCUAGCUGUGCUCUGAUGAGACUUCCUUUUUUCCCAAAGCUUUAGGAAAAAAGUAAUGUAUUAACUCUACUAGCUGCUGCUGAACAUGCAGGAAAUAUUCCUGUACCCUACUCGGCCAGCAAAUUAUGGCACAGAGCACUGUGUGCUGCUUCAAGGGCUUGUGAGACUGGAAUCCAGGGCAGUUUGUUUGUGUUUUCAUUGUUUACCAUUUCAUUUCCACCUGAACAUGUGUGUGAAGUUUCAUGUAAUUCUGUGCACCAGUUAUCUGGGUACACUACAUUUAUCAUAAAUUGGUUCUUCUGUCUGCUGUCCUCUCCCAUUUUGCUGGCCUUAGGCAAAGUGGUGAAAAGCCUGCUUUGAUAGAUUUGUAACUAGAGUGUAUGGGCCUUUCUUGAACAGGUUUUAAUUUUUACUAGUGCCUGCACCGUUUGAGUAUUAGUUUCUUUUCUUCCUUGCUCAUCUUAAGUAUACAAUCAUGCACAUGCUUUUGUUCUUCUUCUUGCUUUCGUUAUCGUGUGUUUUGACUCUUUAAUGCCCUGCUACGAAGAUCAAAUCCCUGAGUGCAUUUGUGUAAUUUUACUAUAAAGCUAUAGGAAAAAAACACUGGUUCUAGGUGCAAGGCACAUUUAAAGCAAGCUAAGCUUUCCCUUGUAUUUUCUUUGUAUAUUAUAAACAUUUAUUUAACUCGAGUUGCAGUUUGAAGUAAACUAUUUUCAAAGGUGUAUGCUCCAAAAAUAAUCAUUAAAAUGUUUGCAAAGUAUA